UCCUUUCCUGGAUCCUGAAGAACUAAGAGCUGUUCACAGGGAUCUGGACUCAAUAGAGAGAUAGAGGGAGGGAGGAAAAAAACAAAAAAGGGAGGGAGAGUGAAAACAUAAUAUUUCUUUGGGAAAAAAGCCCACCUGUACACAGCCGACAGCAGCCCUUACAGGCUCCCCAGUAAGUUAUAAUUGGAUUCCAAAAGCUGACUAUGAGAACCAAAAUUAUUCUUCUCUUUCCUUUGAUCUUGAUUUUGAUCUCCGAUGUGAAUGGUCAGCGGCGCAAACCACGGCCCACAGUGGUACGUCCAAAGAAACCAACUCCUCCAGCACCAGAACCUGUAGAACCAACUGAGUUGCCUCCUCCUCUUCCACCAGGACCUCCAUCUGUCUUUCCAGACUGUCCCCGUGAAUGCUUCUGUCCCCCUGAUUUUCCUUCCACAAUUUACUGUGACAGCCGCAAUCUGCGCAAGGUACCAAUCCUUCCUUACCGUGCCCGUUAUGUCUAUCUGCAAAAUAACUUUAUUGAUGAUCUGCAAGAGGAGUCUUUCAAAAAUGCAACAGAAAUACAGUGGAUUAACCUAGACAACAAUCGCAUCAAGAAGGUGGAAAAGAAAAUCUUGGAAAAGAUGAACAACUUAACCUAUUUAUAUCUAGAGAAUAACCAACUGAAAGAGAUGCCACCUUAUUUGCCCUCAAGGCUGGAGCAGCUUCGCCUUAGCCGUAAUCAAAUAUCCAAGAUUCCUUCAGGGGUCUUCAGCAAAAUGGACAACUUGAUCUUGCUGGACCUGCACCACAACAAGCUGAGUGAUGGAGGCUUUAGCAAAAAUACAUUCAAAGGUCUUAAGAACCUUAUCCAGCUAAAUCUUGCUCACAAUAUUCUGAGGAAGAUGCCUCCGACAGUUCCUGAGUCUGUCAAUCAGUUAUUUCUAGACAGAAAUAAUAUAGAGGACAUUCCAGCAGACUACUUUAAAGAACUCCCUAACUUGGCCUUCUUAAGACUCAAUUACAACCAGAUUUCUGAUAAAGGAUUGCCUAAAAACUUAUUUAAUGUUUCCAGCCUCCUGGUUUUGCAGCUCGCUCACAACAAGUUGACAGGGGUUCCACCAAUUAGCAGGAAGCUGGAACAUCUAUAUCUGAACGACAACAUAAUUGAAAAGAUUAAUGGCACAGAGAUCUGCCCAACACCUGUAGCUCCAUUUGACUUUUCAUCCACAGAUUUGUCCAUUGUUCCCCGCCUGCGAUACCUUAGACUGGAUGGAAAUCAACUAAAGCCCCCAAUACCCUUGGAUAUUAUAAUGUGUUUCCGCCUCCUGCAAUCUGUCGUCAUCUGAGAAAUUUAACACUACUCAGUGAUAAACACUGAUAUACACUCCUUUGUAAAGUAAUUCCACAAUCCACAAUGCUAAACUAACAUUAAAUAUUUCAAUGCCCUAUGCUUUAGUAGCAAUGACACCUAUUUCAUAUUCUUCUUUACAGCCAGACAUUCCCUGGAGUUAUCCUUUCAGUAUCUACUGUUGUUAAGGGACAAAGUAAGAUGUCACAUUGCUAUAAAAAAAUGGGACAUAAUGGGAUAUAUUUAAAAAAAAAACACACAAACCCAACCUUCCACCCCCUCAAAUAGAUGUUGCAGAGUUAUCAAAAAUGAUUGGGGUUGCAAACUAUGGGAAAUGUUGUG